AUGGCACCGAAACGUACUCAUGACGGUGAUGCUCCAGCAUCAAAAGGAGAGCCCGAAGUCAAGAAACGCAAGGGUUUCAGCGUCGGUCCCGCAAACCUCCCAGAUGGCACAUAUCGUCGCAAGACCCAAAAGAUCAAGAAUGACCUGAUCCACAAAGCCAAAGUGAAGAAGGCCUAUGCAAAGAUCAAAGCGCAAGAACUGGCCACCGCGCCGAAGAAAUCCAUUUACGACAUCGUCGAGGAAAAUGACAAGGAAAUCGCCAAGCACGACGAAAAGCCCGCCGAAGAGGCAACAACUCUAGAGCUUCAUCCGGAUCGCAUAGCCAUGUUGAACGAGCCCGAGCCAGCACCAGCACCUAGACCGGAACGGCGUCAGCGAGGCGAUGGCAAGCAAAGGGAGCGUCGACCGAAGCCUUCCGCAUUCACAAGGGAGAUGGAGUUUGCAGAAAAGCGGAGGAAAGAGGAGGAAGAACGCCAAAGGCAACGGGAAGCGAAACAGAAAGAACGCGAGGCACUGUUGCGCGCAAAGCGGCCAGAUCAGUUUGGGAAGAGGCGACUGGGCCGAGAGAGUAAUGCACUCCUCAGUCGUGUGCAGCGGAUGGUUGGCCAGAAUUAG